AUGAGGGAUAUGAUAACAGAACAGACAGACUGGGAUAAACCAUUGGACAUACAAUACAAAGAAGGUUGGGUUAAAUGGUGUCAAUCUUUGAAGGAUUUGGAGGACUUGUCAAUUUCUCGGACAUACCUCCCAACUACCCUGUCCAGCACUUCAGAACAGGAAGUGCACAUAUUUUCGGAUGCUUCAGAGAAGGCGAUUUGCGCAGUGGCAUACAUGAAAGCAACAGACAUAAAUGGAGACACUCAUGUUGGAUUCAUUAUUGGAAAAUCCAAAGUAUCACCAAAGCACGGUCACACAAUACCUAGGCUAGAAUUAUGCGCAGCAGUCAUUGCGGUAGAGCUUUCAGAGACUGUGUCGGAACAUUUGUGCUUUCCUGUCGAGCAGAUGAAGUUCUAUACCGAUAGUAAAGUCGUGUUAGGGUACAUCAAUAACCGCGUCAGGCGUUUCUAUGUUUAUGUUAUGAAUCGUGUCAACAGGAUUCUGAGGACGACUCUACCUGAACAGUGGAGUUACGUGUCAACCAAUGACAACCCGGCAGACUUAGGAACACACCAGUCUCAUCUCAUCUGCUGGAUUGUAGUGAUUGGAUUCGAGGUCCAGAAUGAUUUGAGAGCUUCCGCCGAGAGACUCAUUAUAAUAGAAAUACGGAGAGAGGCAUUCAGUAGGGAAAUAGAUUGUUUACUGAAUGGCAAGGAGCUCCAGAAGGACAGUAGUAUCCUGAGUUUGAAUCCUUUCAUUGACAAUGAUGGUAUUGUUAGGAUUGGAGGACGCUUCAACAAUGCUGACCCCAGCAAAAUGGAGAAAAAUCCUGUUUUGAUCCCUAGACUUCAUCAUGUAGCAACAUUGUUAAUUCGUCACCAUCACGACAAAGUCAGACGCCUUCUGACUGAAGGAGCUAUACGAAACGCUGGGUUUUGGAUCGUUGGAUGUCGACGCAUGAUAAACUCGUAUCUUCGUAAGUGUGUCCGGUGUUUGAAAUUACGAGGAAAGCAACACUUUCCUAAGAUGGCCGAUCUCCCAUGCGAUCGGUUGGAUCCAGCUCCCCCAUUCAGUUUCAUUGGAAUAGACAUUUUCGGACCUUGGACUGUCCUCAGUAGGAAAACGCGUGGUGGUCAGGCACAUUCGAAGAGAUGGGCUGUGAUUCAAGAAAUGACAUCAUCCAGCUUCAUAAACGCACUUCGUCGUUUCAUUUCUUUAAGAGGAGAGAUCAAACUCAUUCGAUCGGAUUGUGGAACCAACUUUGUUGGAGCGGCAAAAGAUAUUGGCGCAAACAUUAUUGAUAUCGAAGAACCCAAUCUUAAAGCUUUCUUAGCACAGAAAGGCAUCUCUUGA